AUGACCUCCUUCUUGUACUCCGCAAAAGCCGCCGAGGCAGCGACGCACCAGCUGCCGGCGCUCCUUGACCGGCCACGCAUCCUGCAUAUCCUUCACGACGAGACGCUGCUGCCCCGAAUCCUGUGGCCCAGCAGCGUUAUGAUGAACAGGCAGCAGACCCUUUCCGGCCUGGAAGGCGUCCUUUCAGACAGCAAGAUCGGCGUGUCCCUGCUCAAGCUGCAAGACGGCGUCACCAGCGUCGAGAAGGUCGGCGGCGGCUUCACCAUGACGGUAACCUACACCGUUCUCGACGCGGGGGAAGACAGCAGCUCGCAUACGUUACGGCUACGGGAGGAGCGCUCGGUUCGCGCACUGAAGCCGAUUGCCAGCUUUGCAAAGUUCAAGGAGGAGUCGCCGGUGAAGACGCAGAAUUUGCUGCGCUUCUUUGCGGCGUGGGCUGCGAAUGGGGCUGAUGAUGCUACGGCUGCGCUGGAGAGCAUCGCAGAAGCGAAUGUGCAGGAUGAGAAGCACAAAGACGACUGA